AUGAGUCAAGAACAACCCAUGAAGCCUGAAUCUCUGCAAGAACCUUAUCAAGGCAAUGCUGCUGCAACAGUGCAAUCGUCCGAAAAUCGCAUGUUCAGAGAAGUACAGAAAGAAGGUCCGGCGGCCGCGUUGCAGUCAGCAGGCAACACGGGCAGUAACAUUGUUUCUGAUGAAGGUGUAGUAAUCACUGAGACUAAUGUGCCCGGCAAGCGGAUAAUCUCUGAAUCAAUUGGUGGACAGGUUAUUGGGCAAGACAUUCAACCAGCCCGGCCACUUGCCCCAGAAUCUGUGUAUGAACAAAGAGGCAACAUCACAAUUGGUGAAGCACUUGAAGCUACUGCAUUAACAGCAGGACACAAGCCUGUCGACUAUAGCGAUGCAGCCGCAAUUCAAGCUGCCGAAGUGAGGGCAACUGGCCGUACCAGCAUAGUACCGGGUGGCGUUGCUGCUGCUGCACAAUCUGCAGCAACUCGCAAUGCUCGCAUGACAAGAGACGAGGAUAAAACCAAAUUGGGUGACAUUCUUACGGACGCAAGCUCAAAGUUACCCUCAGAUAAACCAGUGACACGUCGAGAUGCUGAGGGGGUGAUAGGCGCCGAGCUGAGAAACGACCCGAAUCUUUGUACUCGACCAGGGGGCGUAGCAGCCUCUGUGGCUGCAGCUGCAAGGCUUAACCAGAGUAACAUUCCAUCUUACACUCAGCAGGAUAAAUAA